AUCUAAUGACCCAAAAUCAUUAAAAACAAAAAGGGUAAAUACAAUUUAAUAUCCAAACCUUUCAUUUCAAACAAUAUAAUAGCCAAACCUUUUCGAAAACAAUUUAAUAUCCAAAUCGUCAACUUUCCGUCCGUUUGACCGUUAGUUGACACUUCUAAAAAGCUUUGUUUAGGGGAAAUUGUCACAAUACGACUUUGUUUUCUUGUUUUGGCAUUGCAGAUGACUGAAUAUUAAGAUAUUCUAUAUCAUCAUGGUGGAGUCAUGGACUUCUCGGGUUUGGAACCACGAUAUGUUGGUGGUUUUUCAGAGAAGAUAUCGAUGGAUAUUGAUGAAGUGUUGUACUUCGAACUUUUUUAAAGUGUCAACUAACGGUCAAACGGACAGAAAGUUGACGAUUUGGAUAUUAGAUUGUUUUCGAAAAGGUUUGGCUAUUCUAUUGUUUAAAAUGAAAGGUUUGGAUAUUAAAUUGUAUUUACCCAAACAAAAACUACGAAGGGACAAACUAGUUAUUUUGGCACCCUGGCCUUUUCCGUUUUUUUAACCAAAUCCAGAGAAGAAUCUUUUCUCAUAUUUGUCUAAUCGAAUCAUAUCUCCUUCGUUUGCUAACUCAUAAUUUAAAUCUUUUUGCAUAGAACUCACACAUUAAUUAAGAUAUGCGCAAUGAUAUUCAUUUUGCUCUUCAAACACUUGUUCUUUCUAGAAUUGUCAGUGUCAUAAUGUAAUAUCACGAUCUUAUCACUACGAUAAGACUUACUGCAUAUCAUACUACUAUCAUAUCAAGAUAUUAUCACUAUGAUAAUAUCAUAAUAUGAUAGUGUUAUUAGGGGUGACCAUUGGGUGGUUGAACCCCAAAUCCACCCGCAAUUGACUCACUCAUUAUCAUGUGGGUGGUUUUUAUGGGUGAGUGUGGGUUGUAAAAUAGGUGACCCGUGACCCACAAAAAAUUGGGUGAGUGCAGGUAGACUGUGGCUGAGGAUUGUGUUGUGAGGUGUGCUUAAGCAAUUGGAGGUACGCUUAAGCAUAAUUGGUAGAAAAACACAGUUGUCUUUCCCAAAAAUGGCAUCAUCUCAAACUACCACUGAUUCGUCCUUCAUUUCUUCCAUCAAUUUGGAAUGGUAAUUUGCCAUUAUAGGUUAAAAAGCUAUUUACACUGACAACGCCUAGGCGAAUGAGGCGCUAGGCAAGACCAAAACUUUUGCCUUACGCCUAGUGCCUUCUUGAACUUUGUUUAUUAUCAGGCUUAGACCAUGGUUGUCAGUUGAAUAUUUUGUAACUUAUGGACCAUUACCUAUACCAAUAUUGUGAAAUAAAUUAUUCACCUGACAUAUGAAUUUAAUGCUAUUUAGUUUUAAAUUUUCUUUCAUUUUAAGUUUAAAGGUAUUGAAAUUAUGUAAUCAUAUGAAAUAUAUGUUGUAAACCCAUCGAAACCAUCACCGAUCAUCCACAAUCACCCAUCCCAACCCACCCACAUGUAAUACUUGGGUGAGUGUGGGUCAUUUUUUCCUUCACCCACCACGUAGAGGGCGGUUCCACAUCCAGUCAAAUCGCAUAGAACCACCCACUGCUCACUCUUACGUGUUAUGAUGUCAUUAAUUAUUCUAGUUAUUUUCUCAAACAUAACACUUCAUAAUAACAUCAUAUCACUAUCAUAUCAUAAUAUUAUCACUGUAUCGAAUUAUUUUUAUCAACCAUAAGACUUUAUACCAACAUCAUACCACAUCCAUGAUCCAUAUAUUCUUGUAAACAAAAUAUCACAUUCAUAUAAUAUGAUAUGAUAUUAUCACUACACUACAAUAAUAGAAACAUGAUAUUAUCACUAUACUACAAUGAUAAUAUCAUGAUACAAGAGUGAUAUAUGAUGUCAUCGUUUUUUUUUUGUCAAAUAUGAGUGCUCAUACCAACAACAUAUCAACACCAUACCAAUAUGAUAUCAUACCACUGUUAGUGGUAAGAUGACUAUAAUUUUUAUUUUUCAAGAAAUAUCAUAUCGUAAAGCACAAAAAUAUGAUAUUUCUACACAAUUUUCUGUUUGAAAUUCGAUACGAAAUAAAAUGAGAUAUGAUAUAUUUUAAAAUGUUGUAGAAAAUUUAAAAAGUGUUUAAUAACACUCCCAUAAUUCUGGUUAGUUGUUUCUCAAACCUCUACUUUUCCAUCUAAUUUGAUCCAACCUACAAUUUCAAAAGCGAUUAAAAUCCAACCUAACCUAAUCCAACACAAAUUUGAGAACACUGAAUUUUACCCGAAUCGACCGGAUUGCAUCUAGUUGGGUAACCAAGUUUUCCGAGUUAUAGUACCCACGGUCUAUGGCGGAUCGAGAUUCUAGAGAAGCCGAUAGGGUAAUUAGCAUAAAUGGUCACAAACCUUUGCACUUAGUACAAAACAGUCACAAAUCUUUAAUUUGUAACUAUUUGAUAACAAAACUUUUUACUUAAAACAAAACGGUCACAAAUUAAACAGUGUGACCAUUUCAUACCAGUUCGAACUUUUGUUACCGUGUCGUUGCAAAUUAGACUUUUGGUGACCGUUUUGUACAAAUUAAGUUCAAAAGUUUGAACGAUCAAUCAGCGUUACAAUUCGCUCUAGUUGUAUGGUGGUUUUGUUAAUGUAUGUGAAUGAUAUGAUCGUCAUAAAGGAUGACAAUGAAAGAACUCAAUGGCUCACAAACGGGUUCCAGACUGCUUUUUAGUUGAAAAAACUCUGUCUACUUUCUUACUUUCUUGGUAUUGAAAUUGAAAGGUCAGGGCAUUCUUAUUCGGCAAAGCAAAUAUGUCGAUGAACACAUGACCUGACAUCUUAUAUGUCGUUCAAGUGGUUAGUGUCAUAUACUUAACGAACAAACUACCCUACCUCAAAACAUGACAAACAUUUAAUUUGUAACGAUUCGGUAACAAACCUUUGCACUUAAAACAAAACGGUCACAAAUUAAAUAGCGGUAACCAUUUUAUAUAAUUUCAAAGUUUUGUUACCGUAUUGUUACAAAUUAAAGGUUUGUGACCGUUUUGUACUAAGUGCAAAGGUUUGUUACCAUUUAUAGGGGUGAUAAUCGGUUGGCGGGUAUCCGGUUUGACCGACCACCGAACCAAAACCGGCGGUUAUUCACCGAAACCGACAACCGAAAACUGCUGGCGGUGUCGGUGUCGGUUGGGGAUUUCAGGCGAAUUUGAUAACCGGACACCGACGGUGAUUAACCGACAAUAACUCGGUCAACCGUAAAUAACCGCGGAGAACCUCGUCGCCACAGGCAUAACCCCUCUGCCCUUGCUCGCCACCACCACCAGAGCUUUGCUCUGCCCCCCAGCCCCCAUCCAGAUACUUCUCAACCCUCAACCAGACUUCACCGCCCCACCUACUCCUUCCAAUCUCGACCUCGUCGUCCCAAUCUCCCUAAUCCCGACCUCGACGCCCCAACCAGACACGCACCACCACCAAAAUCACAACUCUCAUCCAAAACCCUCUAUGCAUACAAAUAGAUCUAAAUCCCUCCAGAUAUGCAACGAACCCUAACCCCCAAAUCCCCAACUCCCUCCAUUCAUGUAACGAAGCCUAACCCCCAAAUAGAUCCAAAUCCCUCCCGCCUUACUCAUCCUCUUUUUGCAUCGUUCGCCGUUUGGUUGUUCCUUCCUUUGCCUGUUUCCGCCGCAUCGCCGCCCAGCCUUCCUCAUACUCGAUCGGUGGACACCAUGAAGAAGCUUCCGAGUAGGCAUAGAAGAAGCAAAAGAUAAAAGAUUGAAAGUUUUUUCAUUUGAUUUGUAGAGAAAAAGAAGAUUGAGAAGAAGAAAAGAGGGGAUUUUAGGUAGCAGAGUGAGAGAGGGGGAACAGAGAAGACGGAAGAGAGAGGGGUGCAAAUUUGGUACAAUUAAAUAUUAAUUCCCCCUUUCCUUUUGUUUUUAGCCUUGAUAUUGCGGUCUCUCGGUUAAUUGUUCAAUUGAACCGACUGUCUGCGGUUGCGGUUAACCGGUCAGAAUAAUCGGUGCGGUUGCGGUUGGUCAUCUGGGCACUUUUUGGUAACCGAUUAACCGAAAAAUCGGUUCGGUUUAACCGCAACCGAACCGACUAUCACCCCUACUUGUCCAUUUAUGCUAAUUAGUCGAAGCCGAUAUAUAUCCCACGUGUCCCUAAUCGCCGCGCUCCUAAAUCUCUCCCCAUUUCCUUCUCGCGGAAAACAAAUCAGCACCAGUUCUUCCCCCAAUUUGAUCGCCGAAACCUCUGUACCAGAAAUGCUACGGAUGAACCCUAAGAAACGGCCGCGCGUGGCUGUCCACAACCGCUACCAUACCGCCGCCGGCGCCGCUGCUUCCGUCUCUUCCACCUCCGCUCUCAUCGAUUCCGUCACAGACAGAACCAUCAGCGAAACUUCUCAGAAGAUCCGGCGAACAUCCUCCCAUCCACAGCUCCUUUCGUCCUCCGCCACCUCCGCCGCUGCCGACGCCGCGGCCCCGACCACCGCCGCCAUUUCGUUCGACGAUCCCGCCACCGCUGACGUACUCCUCCGCCUCUUCCUCGACCCCACCAUUGUCACCAUCGACGGUUCCUCCGGCUCGGUCUCUCCAUCCGUCACCGAUGAGCGUUCGGACGUCCUGAUCUACCUCCAUUCCGAUGUCCUCUGCCGCGCGAAGUAUUUCUCCGCUCUCCUGUCCGAUCGCUGGCAGCGGAGCAACACGAGCAACGACGAGGAUGCUGAGAAGGGGCCCGAUGACGUCUCUGGUGGUUCCGAUGCGAAAUUGAAGCAUCUGAGAUACGGUGUUCCGCUCGGAGAUGGUUCAAUUGAUCAUCGUCUUGCGGUGCUGAAGCUCCUUUACACGGAGGAUUUCGCGUCGGUGAUUUCUUCGGCCUCGGUCGCGCUCGACCUGCUCCCGGUGGCGCUGCACUUGAUGUUCGAGGAUUGCAUCACGUAUUGCGUGAGAUUCCUUGAGGCGGUUCCGUGGAAUGAAGAGGAAGAAAGGCGGGUGCUGCAGCUGGUUCCGUUUCUCAGAGAGAAUGAAUCCAAGGAGCUUUUAGCCCGGAUUUCGACUGAGGACGAGGAUUCCUGCGCGGAAAUGCUCGAGGGAUUGAUCGCUGCCGCGGCCAUUCAUAACCAGCCUAACCUGGCCUUCGUGAAGGCGUUUGUUGCCAAGCUGUUGAGGGAUUUCUCCUCUAGGGAUGCUGCCAGGACGGCGUUGGAGAACGCUUUCAGGAGGAGCUUCAGGGUUGUGAAGGAUUCGUUGGAGGAGUACUCGAGUCCCGAUUUCAGAGGCGGCCACAAUGAGACUGAAGCCAUACAGCGGGUGAAUCUGCACACUGCCAUGACCAAUGGGAAACAUUUGCUGUGGAUUGUGGAGAGGAUGAUUGAGCUGAGGGUGGCGGAUAAGGCCGUGAAGGAGUGGAGUGAGCAGUCUGGUUUCACAGCUGACUUGCAAAGGGCUUUCCGGGAUGAUGCGUGGAGGAACAUAGUUCCCGGCCUUCCAGCUAUUGUCAUUCGUUGCACUUACAAGCUUGCCUCUGCGGUUGCUACUGGUUCCAUUCUGGCUGCUAGAGAGGUGAGGAUGAAUCUUGUACAGGACUGGCUUCCUGUUCUAGUUAUAUGCAAAGACAACGUUUCCCCUAUGUCGCCUGGUCAUAAGGCACUGUAUAUGGAGCUUGAGGAGACAUUCUUGAUGAUAAUCUCAACCCUUCCCAUGUCAGAUGCCCAAGAAUUGCUUCAGCAGUGCCUCAGCUUCUCGACCAGGAACGUUGAAGAUUGUCCGCACUUGAUGACUGCUUUCAACACCUGGUUCCGUCGUGCAGCUCGUCCUCUACCACAAGAUGAUCAGCAUUCCUGAAUUGCUACCGUAUCUAACUUCGAUGAUUGCUCCGUAUCGAACUUCGAUCACAGCCAAACUGUUUGGCUGGUGUGGUUCUGCACUUCUGCCGUUUCAUUCGAUGCCUAAAAAGUAAAAACUGUUAAAUGAGUUUGUGAAUAUUAGUAUUGGCUUUGGUAGAAUGGCUUCAGUGCUGGUAGUUUGUUGGUAGAGAGGCUUGAAUCGGCCCCGACUUUGAAGUACAUGGAUUAGAACAGAACUCUUGAAUGCUUUGUAAGUAAGAACAUCUUUCGUUUCAUGAAUCCUAUUGAAUUGGUGGGGUUAGGUUGUCGAGAAGAAAUCAGGGUGAUUUCG